AUGCUUUUGGCGCUUACGCUUAUCAUUUUGCUGUCACUCACCAACCCGUCACAGGCGCGUUCCCCACAUAAGCGUCUCAUCAUACAUGUACCGUUACGGAUUAAAACCCAUCAUCACACACACACCGUCUACGCACACAUACGAAGCACCAGUAGCAGUGGCGGUGGCAAAGAAGCGAGCAGGGAGCACGGCGGUGGUGCAAAGCAAACGAUUUACAAAAUCGUUAGUCUUGCCAUGCAAGGCAAAGGUUAUGGUGGACACACAGGAUAUAACGGUUAUGGUGGACAUGGUGGACACGGGCAAGCAGCACACAAGCGCGGUCACAGCAGUGGCGCAGAGAAUGGUAGGUAUAAACAUGAGACUCAUAGUCAAGGCGCUGCUGAUAUUAUGUAUGAUGAUUAUCACGGCGGUGGCGGCGGUGACGGUGACGGCGGUGGAGAUGAGCGCGCGGGCCGUUGCACUGAUGGUCCACAUGGUUAUGGCGAUAUGGUAUUCAAUCACUUUUCGCGUAGCAGUGAUGAGAGUAAUGAAAGCGAGGAAUAUCCGGAAGUGGCGGAAUAUGUGGAUGAGGAUGAGCAGGGCUUUGUGUGGGAAUAA